AGGCGCGUUUUGAGUUGCUACACCAUUCACAAUGCUUUUCAAAUCCAUCCUCGCCGCUACGACAUACUUCCUUAUCGCUGUCAGCACCAGUACUAAGCCUAACAUCGUUUUUCUUCUCUCAGAUGACCAAGACCUACGGCUUGGUUCCUUAGAAUAUCAGAAUGUACUACAGCGUCUGCUUGUACAGCAGGGGGUUAGUUUUACGAACCACCACGUCACUACUUCUGUUUGUUGUCCUAGUCGGGCGACGCUAUUGAAGGAAAAAUUGGCCCAUGAUACCAACAUCACACAUGUUCGAUCUCCUGGUGGUGAUUAUGAGAAGUGGAUUCUUGCUAAGCAAGAUGAGGAGUAUAUGCCACAGCUGAUUAAAAUCUUCGCUGGCUCAUCUGCAAAGUUUCUAGAAUCUUGAAGAUGCCUUUAAGUCUCAACCGGUUGGCGUUGGCGGUCUCCUCCCCAAUCUUUUCAUCAACAAGCCGCUCUACCUUGCCUUUGAUGCCCUCCCAUAAAUCAUCAUCGCCACCAGGCCAAAACAGGUCUAGCAACCCUGAGAACAUGCCACGGACCACGGGCACCUCAUUCAAGCCUACAGAGACAACCACCUUCAGAACCUUGUUGACAUUAUCACCGUCGAUGUCCUUUUUUGGGCAUGUACUUCUCAGGGUUGUCGAUUGAAGCAGCAUCUAGAACGUCUUGGGUUGUUACCACCUUCAUCCUUCUGAUGAGGUCAUCAGAGAUCAUCUUGGACUAGAAAUUAUAGGGAUUGAUAAAGCGAGAUAAGUACAAGCGGAUAUGUUGAAGAUGUGGCACAUAAAUAGACCGUAAAUGGGCCAUGUCUGCUGUAUUUAAUUACCAAGUAAUGGAUCUGCUGAUAGACCGAUCCCCUUCUGACUGGUCUCUAAUUCAGAUGCCACAGUUCGUUCCAG